AUGGCAAAGUUUUCGUACUUGGUCUAUUUCUUCGCCAUUGCUGUGGGAAGUUCUGUAUACGCUGAAGAUAACGGUGACGUAAAUAAUAGAAAACCACGACAUUUAGUCAAGAACAAAUUAUGCUUUAAAUACGGAAUAUGUGGUGGCGGUGGUUAUCAGGGUGGUCAUGGUUUCCAUGGUGGCCAUGGAUUUCAGGGUGGUCAUGGAUACCAGGGUGGUUACGGUGGUCAUGAUGGAGGCUACGGUGGAUAUCAGGGUGGCUACCCAUACCCACCCAUCAAUAUUGGAAUCAGUCAAGCUCAGUCCUCAGCAAGCGCAGGUGGUGGAGGGUACGGUAGCGAAACUUACCCAAACAACUACCAAUAUAACAACGGUUACCCGUACAACGGAAAUGCUUAUUAUGGAGGUUACAAUGGUAACAAAAGGCCUGGUUAUUUUGGUAAUGGCUAUGGAUCAUAUAAUAACCAAUUUAAUGGGAACUAUUAUAGUGGUCAAGGAGGGUAUGGAUUCCAAAGGCCUUUUGGUUUUAACUAUGACGAUAAUCAUGAAGAUAACAAGCCGAUUGAUGAGGAAGACGAUGGUGAUUAUAGUAGAUCGAAUAAAAACUAAGUCCAAUAACUAGUUAUUUAAUCUGUGAUAUUUAAAUUGUACCUACGUUUUUUAAGAACUUACAAUAAUGGA